AUGAUCUGGAAGAAGGGGUCGGAGGCAGGCGCUCAGGACACCAGCCUGCUCAUCGCCCUGGACAAGAGCCGCUCCCGCCUGUCCAGCGGCUCCUCCGGCACGGUCUACAACGGGGUGCCCUACGCUGGCUUCGAUGAAGAGGAAGAGGACGAUCCCGUCGACGUGCACGGUGACGAAGGCUACAGCCCCAACCUCAGGGGCAACUACUUCCGAGAUGGGCAAACCAAGAUCGACUUUGUGCUGGUCUGGGAGGAGAAGAGGCGCCCCCCGAAGAAGAGGAGGGGGAAGCUGGCUUCCCACGAGGGCAGCAGGGAGGCAGCCCCUGAGGCCAGAGACGACCGGCCACGCGGGCACCACGAGCACUGGAAGAGGAAGUUCCUCAACAACCUGAGAAAUGCCGGGCUGCUGAUGGAGAAGGAGGAGACACUGAGCGAGCGGAAGACCAUCCACUACCUGAAGCUGAGCGCCCCGUGGGACGUGCUGGUGUACUACGCCGAGGAGCUGUGCAUGCGAGCACCCCUGCAGGCCCAGCCCAACCCGGACCGGAACAGCUCCGCCGAGGUCCUGCAGUGGCUCUGCAUCCCCAACGCCCUGCAGCAGCACGUCCCCAACAAGCCCGCCGACUAUUACACCUGCGCCUUCCGCAGGUCCAAGCUGGACAAGUUCCUGGGCAGCGACUCCCGGGACUCCUACUUCAGCAACACGCAGAGACAUCGCAUCGUCUAUGAGAUCCUGGCUCGCACCGUCUACGGGAAGCGGAAACGCGCCGAGAUCGGGAUCAACUGGCUGUUGAACGAGCGGGUGUACGCCGCUGCCUUCCCGCUGCAUGAGGGCCCCUUCGAGACGCCUGAGUCUGAGGUCCCCGAUGAAGCCCUGAACCCUCGCCAAGUCCUCUACCGCUUCUGGGCCCAGUGGGGCUGCUGGUACCGGUACCAGCCACUGGAUCACAUCCGCCAGUACUUCGGGGAGAAGAUUGCCAUCUACUUCGCCUGGCUGGGCUUCUACACAGCCUGGCUGCUCCCUGCUGCGGCCGUGGGCACUGUGGUCUUCCUCGCAGGCCUGGUUGCCAUGGGAACCAACACGCCAGCGCAGGAGAUCUGCGAGAGCGGAGGCCAGUUCCUCAUGUGUCCGCUCUGCGACACGUGUGAGACCUGGAACAUCUCGGAGAUCUGCCCCAUGGCUAAGGUCGGGUACCUGUUUGAUCACCCCGGGACCGUUUUCUUCAGCGUCUUCAUGUCCUUCUGGGCCGUGACCUUCCUGGAGUACUGGAAGAGGAAAAGCGCCACGCUGGCUCACCACUGGGACUGCAUGGACUUCCAAGAGGAGGAGGAGCGGCCCAGGCCCGAGUUCGCUGCCAUGGCCCCGCGGAUGGAGCAGAACCCCAUCACGGGGCUGAAGGAGCCAUACUUCCCCAAGCGGGACCGCCUCUCUCGCGUCCUGACGGGCUCCAUGGCCAUUGUCAUCAUGCUGUGCGUGGUGAUGAUCUUCCUGGUCUCCGUGAUCAUGUACCGGGGCAUCGUCAGCGUGGUGAUGUAUCACACGGGCAACGCCAUUCUCAUGACCCAGGCUGGGAACAUAGCGAACAUCAGCAGCAGCCUGGUGAACCUGGCGCUGAUCCUCCUCAUGAGCCAGGUCUACACCUCCCUGGCGGAGAAGCUCACCAGGUGGGAGAUGCACCGGACCCAGACUCUGCACGAGGACGCCUUCACCUUCAAAGUCUUCAUCUUCCAGUUUGUCAACUUCUACUCCUCCCCCUUCUACGUGGCCUUCUUCAAAGGCAGGUUUGUGGGGUACCCCGGGCAGUACGGUACACUGCUCGGCCUGAGGAACGAGGAGUGCGGCCCCGGGGGGUGCCUGAUCGAACUGGCGCAGCAGCUGUUCAUCAUCAUGGUGGGGAAACAGAUCAUCAGCAACGUCCAGGAGUUCGUCAUCCCCAAGCUGAAGGCCUGGCGGCAGAAGCGCAAGCUGGCCAGGGUGCGGGGCGCGCAGAUCAGCCAGGAGCCCCCGCGCUGGGAGGAGGACUACGAGCUGAUCGAGUGCGAGGGGCUCUUUGAAGAGUACCUGGAGAUGGUGCUGCAGUUCGGGUUCAUCACGAUCUUCGUGGCUGCCUUCCCGCUGGCCCCGCUCUUCGCCCUGCUCAAUAACUGGGUGGAGAUCCGCCUGGACGCCCAGAAGUUCGUGUGCGAGUACCGGCGCCCGGUGGCCUACCGCACCCAGGACAUCGGGGUCUGGUUCCUCAUCCUGGAGGUCCUGGCUCAGAUCUCCGUCGUCAUCAACGCCUUCCUCAUUGCCUUCACCUCGGACUUCCUGCCCCGGCUCCUCUACCAGUACGAGCACGACAGCCAGCUGCAGGGCUACGUCAACUUCACCCUGGCCUACUCCCCCCCGCGCUACCUGGCCACCGGCAACCACACCCUGUGCAGGUACAAAGCCUUCCGGGAUGCCAAUGGGAACUACACUCUCUUCUACUGGAAGCUGCUGGCUGUCCGCCUGGGCUUCAUCAUCGCUUUUGAGCACGUCGUCUUUUUCUUCCUGCGCCUCAUCGACUGGCUGGUGCCCGACGUCCCGGGGUCGCUGGAGCUGAAGAUCAAGCGAGAGCGCUACUUAGCCAAGCAGGCACUGGCCGAUAACCAGGAGGUGCUGCUGACGGUGAGUCACGACUCAGCUUCGCCAGCAAGCAGCCUUUCAUCCAGCAGCAUGAGCUAG